AUAUCGAUGAUAUAUUCCUGGAAGCUGUGGGAGCAGACUGGAAUACAGAAACAUGAGUUUCAAACUCUACUCUUUCAUUCAUACCAUGGAACUCAGACCUUCCUUCCUGGUUCUUACUUCAUUCCUCUUGUUGCUGCUUUGGCUUGCAAGAAUUUACAAGCAGAAAAUCAAAGUAAGGAGUGUGGUUCAUAAGCUUCCCCCAGGGCCAUGGAAGUUGCCUCUAAUAGGGAACCUGCAUCAACUGGCAGGGGCAGGCACACUUCCACACCACACCCUUCAAAAUCUAUCACGCAAAUAUGGGCCUCUGAUGCACCUUCAACUUGGUGAAAUUUCUGCAGUGGUUGUGUCAUCCUCUGACAUGGCCAAGGAGAUAAUGAAGACUCAUGAUCUUAAUUUUGUGCAGAGGCCAGAACUCCUUUGUCCUAAAAUCAUGGCCUAUGAUUCAACGGAUAUUGCCUUUGCUCCAUACGGUGAUUACUGGAGACAGAUGAGGAAAAUAUGUACGCUAGAGCUUCUCAGUGCCAAGAGGGUUCAGUCUUUCUCCUUCAUUCGCGAAGAAGAGGUGGCUAAGCUCAUACAAUCCAUUCAAUUAUGUGCAUGUGCAGGUUCACCAGUCAAUGUUUCUAAAAGUGUUUUCUUUUUGCUAAGUACCCUUAUUUCAAGGGCGGCCUUUGGUAAAAAAUCUGAGUAUGAAGAUAAACUUUUGGCCUUGCUCAAGAAAGCAGUGGAACUCACCGGAGGGUUUGAUCUUGCUGAUUUGUUCCCUUCUAUGAAACCUAUUCAUCUCAUUACUCGGAUGAAAGCUAAAUUGGAGGACAUGCAAAAAGAGCUGGACAAGAUUCUAGAAAACAUUAUCAACCAGCAUCAAUCAAACCAUGGCAAGGGUGAAGCAGAAGAAAAUCUUGUUGAUGUUCUUUUGCGAGUGCAAAAAAGUGGAAGCCUCGAGAUCCAAGUCACAAUAAACAACAUCAAAGCCGUGAUAUGGGACAUAUUCGGGGCUGGGACUGAUACUUCAGCAACAGUACUAGAAUGGGCUAUGUCAGAGCUGAUGAAAAACCCAAGAGUGAUGAAAAAGGCACAGGCCGAAAUAAGAGAAGCCUUUAGGGGAAAGAAAACAAUUCGGGAGAGUGAUGUAUAUGAACUUAGCUACUUGAAGUCGGUGAUCAAAGAAACAAUGAGGUUACAUCCUCCUGUUCCCUUGUUGCUUCCAAGAGAGUGCAGGGAACCAUGCAAAAUAGGUGGAUAUGAAAUACCAAUCAAGACUAAAGUGAUUGUAAAUGCAUGGGCACUUGGAAGAGAUCCCAAGCAUUGGUAUGAUGCGGAGAAGUUUAUACCCGAGAGGUUUGAUGGCACAAGUAAUGAUUUUAAAGGGAGUAAUUUUGAGUACAUUCCUUUUGGGGCAGGGAGGAGAAUGUGUCCUGGCAUUUUACUUGGCAUAGCUAAUGUUGAGCUUCCUCUUGUUGCAUUGCUCUAUCACUUUGACUGGGAACUCCCCAAUGGAAUGAAACCAGAGGACUUGGAUAUGACUGAAGGCUUUGGAGCUGCAGUGGGAAGGAAAAACAACCUGUAUUUGAUGCCUUCUCCAUAUGAUCAUUCCCUUAAUCAUUUCAUUGUCAAUUGACUCUCUUAAUUCUCCUCAUUAUAUCUAUCUUCUUUCUUCUUCUUUUUUUAUUUUCUUCCAGUCAGUUUGUCGAAUUAAUAACUCAUAAUGUAGAAAAUGGUGACCCAAAAGGCUCGGCCACAUUUGUGCUCAAUGAACUCAUGGAUCUUGCUUGAACAGCUUAAUUAGUUGCUCAUGGUAAA